AUGGAAAAGUCCGCCCGCGCCCCUCGGAACCCUUUCUCUGACAGCGCAGCCGCAUCCCUGAGAGCCGCAUCCUAUUCUUCACAGCCGUCGGAUAUCCCGUCAGGAUCCAGACAGGCUGCACGACGCCAGUUUAAGUCCUACAGACUAAAUGGUCAGUACGAAAGGCCAUGGUUGAACGACAGGAAACUAAAGAAGACUCGGGUCGGCAACUAUAUCAUUUGGGGAUUCAUCGUUGCAGGCCUAGCCUUGAGUGCGUAUAUUAACUUUUCCGUCAGCCAGAAGGUGGCACGGCAUGAGUAUUGCCUCAUUCUAGAUGACCAGUUUUCAUCGCUCAACAGAGACGUAUGGAACCACGAGGUUCAGAUUGGCGGAUUUGGCACGGGCGCUUUUGACUGGACCACAACAGACGAAAGGAACUCUUUUGUUGACAGUGAAGGGCUUCACAUCGUGCCGACUUUAACCACGGAAACGACUUCAAUCACCGAGGCACAGCUUAUCGAUGGAUAUACGCUGAAUCUAACGAGAGCUGGUGGAGAUGGGUCUUGUACGGCAAACACCAACGAAGCAUGCUCGAUUCGAUCGAAUAAAACCCUAGGGUUAAUUAUCCCUCCAGUCCGGUCGGCCAGACUGAACACGAAGGGAAAGAAGAGCAUCCGCUAUGGCCGAGUUGAAGUGGUCGCCAAGAUGCCACAGGGAGACUGGCUCUGGCCUGCCAUAUGGAUGAUGCCUGUGAAUGAAACCUAUGGUACCUGGCCUGCAAGCGGCGAAAUUGAUAUCGCAGAGAGCCGGGGAAACGAUGUCGACUAUAGUCUUGGCGGCAGGGAUGUCGUGUCAGGUUCUAUACACUGGGGGCCAACACCUGAGACCGACGCCUUUUGGAGAUCAACUCGCGGGAAAUCCAUCCGUCGGACUGAUUACACCAAAGGAUUCCACACCUUUGGCCUCGAGUGGUCCAGGGAUUAUAUGUUCACAUAUAUCGAUAGUCCGCUGCAGCAGGUGCUCUAUUGGAAAUUCAACAAAGACCAAACAAUGUGGCAACGGGGUGAAUUUGAGGGAGUAACCGUCAAUUCAUCUUUGCUUAUGGAUCCUUGGUCACAGACAGGAAACUCGAAUACUCCUUUCGAUCAGCCGUUUUAUCUCAUUUUGAAUGUCGCUGUUGGCAGCACAAAUGGCUGGUUUUCAGAUGGCCUCGGUCGGAAGCCAUGGACUGACGAGGGCCUGGCAGCCUCGGACUUUUACAAGAGUCUCGACACAUUUUAUCCCACUUGGCCGGAAGAUAAUAAUCGAGGGAUGACUGUCAAAUCGGUCAGGAUGUGGCAAGAAGGUCCAUGUAGCUGA